AUGCCCAGCUCGUGCCAGGAUAUCAGAGAGGCGCUGGCCCAAUGCCUGCAGGAGUCGGACUGCAUCAUGGUGCAACGGCACUCCGCGCGUGAAUGCCUCAGCUCGCCGCUCGCCGAGGAGUUGCCUAUGAAGUGUCAGCUGCUGCGCAAAGGGUUCAGCGAGUGCAAGCGCGGCAUGAUCGAUAUGCGCAAGCGGUUCCGCGGAAACCACCCUAUCUCGGUAGCGAAGGAAAUGGACGAGAGGAAGACGGGUUCAUCAGACCAGCUCUACGCUGGGCGGCCGGCAUACCAAUCUGUCAAGGAACUGAGUGGUGAUGAGGUGCAAAUGGACCCGGAGAAGACUCGCGGACUGUGA